AUUUAAGAAUCAGUAAGAAACAAAAAAAAAAAAACAGAGUGAGACUAAAAAAAAAAAAGAUGCCGGUAGAUUUAGAUAACUCUUCCACAGUUUCCGGUGAAGCAAGUGUUUCAAUCUCAUCCACCGGAAAAUCCACCGGAAAGAAGAAACGUAACCUCCCCGGCAUGCCUGAUCCAGAGUCAGAAGUUAUAGCUUUAUCACCAAAAACAUUACUAGCAACAAACAGAUUCGUAUGUGAAAUCUGUAACAAAGGGUUUCAAAGAGACCAAAAUCUUCAACUUCAUCGUCGUGGACACAAUUUACCAUGGAAGCUUCGUCAGAAAUCGAACAAAGAAGUGAAGAAAAAAGUCUAUGUUUGUCCUGAAGCUAGUUGUGUUCAUCAUGACCCUUCACGUGCUUUAGGAGAUCUAACUGGAAUCAAGAAACACUUUUGUCGGAAACAUGGUGAGAAGAAGUGGAAAUGUGAUAAAUGUUCAAAGAAAUACGCUGUUCAAUCUGAUUGGAAAGCUCAUUCCAAGAUUUGUGGUACUAAAGAGUAUAAAUGUGAUUGUGGUACUCUGUUUUCUAGGAGGGAUAGUUUUAUAACGCAUAGAGCAUUUUGUGAUGCUUUGGCUGAAGAAAGUGCGAGAAGUCAUCAUAAUCAGAGUAAGAAACAGAAUCCAGACAUUUUGACCCGGAAAAAACCGGUACCCGACCGGAAUCCUGCUCCGGUGGAUACUGAUCAGUCUGCUAAAAUCAUAUCUUCCUCGACUUUAACAAUUAAGCAAUCAGAUUCCCCCAAAACCCCUCCUGAAAUCGUUCAAGAAGCUCCAAAACCGACCGGUGUAAAUGUUGUUACACGCAACGGUGUUUUCGCAGGCUUAUUCGAGUCUUCCUCGGCUUCUCCAAGCAUAUACACAACAUCGUCUUCUUCACCGAGUCUAUUCGCGCCAUCUUCGUCCAUCGAACCUAUCUCUUUGGGUCUCUCAACUAGUCAUGGAUCAUCCUUUCUCGGGUCAAACUGGUUCCAAGCACAGCCCGCGAUGUCAGCAACCGCUUUACUUCAAAAAGCAGCUCAAAUGGGAGCAUCUUCUUCAGGAGGUUCAUUGCUUCGCGGGUUAGGGAUAGUUUCAUCAACUUCAACUUCAAUGGACGCAAUAGUCCCUCAUGGACUAGGAUUAGGACUGCCUUGUGGUGGCGAAAGCAGCUCGGGUUUAAAAGAGCUCAUGAUGGGUAAUUCAUCCGUGUUUGGUCCAAAACAGACGACAUUAGACUUUCUCGGUUUAGGUAGAGCGGUUGGUAACGGAAAUGGUCCAAGUAACGGACUAUCUGCUCUAGUCGGAGGAAGCAGCGGCAUCGAUAUGGGAACGACAUAUGGAUCAGGAGAGUUUUCAGGGAAAGACAUUAGUAGAAGAAAAUCAUAAGUAGAGUAAGUUAAUAUGUUUGAGAAAUUGGAGGUUUUAGAUGUUCUUGUUCAAUAGCUUAGUGUGAGUUUGAAACUUCCCUUUGAAAGAAAGGGUUCAAUAUUUAAUAUAUAUUGCAAUUAAUU